AUGUCUUUUCUAUACUCUUGGGCCUUCAGUAAACUCAUGCCAAAAAUAAAUGUGGGGACUGAAGAUCCGUAUUAUGAAGUCACAGAUACUAAGGCCAAAAAUUCAAAAAGAAAGAAGCUAAUUCCUGAAGGAUUGUCUCCAAAUGACGCAAAACUCUUAAAGAAGUUCCGCAAAAAAGCACAUAGACUCGACUUGGCCUUUGAGUGUUGUUGUGGGUGCAGAGUUGGGUGGUCGGGAAUACUUCAAUUAAUUCCUUGGAUUGGUGAUAUUUGGGCAUCAUAUUUGGCACUUAGAUUGAUCCAAAUGGCAAGAAAAAUAGAUGGGGGUCUUCCGGAUAGUGUUUACCUGAAAAUGUUUGCCAAUGUCGUAUUUGAUUUCACAGUGGGGUUGAUUCCCUAUGUUGGUGCCCUCAUCAAUAUUGCAUAUAAGUGCAACUCACGAAAUUUAUUAAUUUUGGAACAUUAUUUAGUGAGCAACAGGAAUAACAGCGAAAUUGAUUGGGUUGAAUUAAGUGGUGCGGUGCCGGGCGACCAGCGAACGGCCACCAACAAUCCUACGUAUCGAAAUAAUCCUCCAUAUCGAGGUGAUCCUACUACAUAUCAAAAUGAUCCUCCAUAUCGAAGUGAUCUCAAUGAAAAAAAGGCUAAAGCAUUCACAGUGUCUACAACCACUGAUAGACAGUGA